AUGUUAGGUCUUUGUUUUUUAAUUUGUGGUAAUGAAACAAAAAAAGUUCUUCUACCAGCUUAUAUCUCAUGUUUGGAUACACUUAAAGCAUUAUUUGUUCGAGCAUUUCCACAUUAUUUGACAAUGAAACAAAUGGAUAGUGAUUAUAUUCGUAUUUAUAUACGUGAAUCAAGCAAAGAUAUAUUUUAUCAAUUAGAAGAUAUGAGUGAUGUUAAAGAUCGUUCUAUAUUAAAAAUUGUUCAAUUAAAUACCACUACUAAUAAUAAUAAUAAACCACAUGUUUCUUUUAAAGAACCUGAAAUUGAUGAAUUAUCAGGUCCAAUUAUUAGAAGUGAAAUUAAUUAUCAACGUUUAAAUCGUUUUGAUCUUACAUCAUGUACUAAUGGAUCUAUCGAAAAUAAAUCAAAUGAUAAUUCAUCAUGUUCUCUUAAUGAUUUAAGACAUGGAACUGUAUCUGUUGGUCACACUCAACCAGCUACUAUACUGAAAGGUAUAUUGUCAUCACCAAGAAGUACUUCAACUACACCUCGAAAUGAUGAUGAAGCUGCUCGGUAA